CAAAGUAAACAAACUGGGUUGAUAAACAAAAAAAAAGAAACAAUUAACGAAAAUCAUUCGUGCACGAGCAGAAACAAGCGUUCCCUGUAUCGCGUGGGCCGAGUGCUGCCCUGUCCCCUACACAAUCCCACUUCGACGGCAGGUCAAACCUGGAACACGGCUGUCCCGACGAAAAGCGGUCAAGCAGUUUACAGGUGUUUUUUUUUCGAUGUGCCUCGCAGUGACCGAUAAUUCCGACACACGAAGCCAAACUAGCAAGUGUUGAUGGAACGACCGGGCUUCGAGGUCACUGCAGGUGAGCCAGAGCGUCGGUGAUCAUGGCCGACACCGCAGCCGCCGCCGAGAAUGAGGCCGAUUCGGGUACGGCGGCGACUACGACGCCCAGACGUCGAAAUACCGCCCCGUCGGCCGACGACGCCGAUGACCAAAACGACGCGGAACGCGUCACCGCCUCCGGCACCAAUUACGACUCCGGUGAGGGAGGCCACAAGUGCACGAGGUGCGACUUCGAAGCGCCCAAUGCGGCCGCACUGAAUGCCCAUGUCGCCCAGGCCCAUUCGGCCAACACCAGCGAGGUGGAAAUCGAAAUCGAAAACAACAAUCCGCCGCCGGACCGCAUCCAUCGCAAGCUGUUCGAAUGCGACGUGUGCAACAUGAAGUUCUCGAACGGGGCGAACAUGCGUCGCCACAAGAUGCGACAUACCGGCGUCAAGCCGUACGAGUGUCGGGUGUGUCAAAAGAGGUUUUUCAGGAAGGACCAUCUGGCCGAGCAUUUCACAACGCACACGAAAACGCUGCCGUACCACUGUCCGAUCUGCAACAGGGGUUUCCAGAGGCAGAUCGCGAUGCGGGCGCAUUUUCAAAAUGAACACGUCGGUCAGCACGACCUGGUCAAGUCUUGUCCGUUGUGUAGUUACCGCGCAGGGUCGAUGAAGAGUUUAAGGAUACAUUUCUUUAAUCGACACGGUAUUGACUUAGAUAAUCCAGGUCCUGCUGGUUCCUCGGCUUCGCUGUUGGCGGCAGCCGCGCAACAAGGCUUCCCCGUCGAAGGACUCGGACAGCUCGCCAGUAGUCUGUCUGUGAGUGUGACUGGAGGCGGCAGUGGCGGUAGCGCCGCUGCCAACUACAGCGACUCCGGCGACUCGACGGGCGCCCGAUCGACCGACAACGCGACGCCGCCAAUGCAUUUCCUCACGCCCCACGUCGAGAUCUCCAUGGCCGAUGCGCCGGCCCCUGUUUUCUCGCCAUCCCUGAGUGAUCAGAAUCGAAACAGCCAACCGGGUCAGAGCGAAAGCCAGAGGGUGAAUGGUGAAUGUCCUGGUUCUCCGCAGUCGGCAGAUUCGAACUCGAACGCUCCGUCCAGCAGCGUGAUACAAGGUAACAGUCUGCGAAUGGACCAGGAAACCAACAUCACGCCGUCCAUUUCUCUAAUACCCAUCAAGCAGGAGCCAGGCGAAGAAGGAUAUGACGUCUCGAAACGGAAUGGCGUGAACACAUCGCCGUCGGGCAGUGUCCAAAUGCAGUCGGCGACCUCGAGCAGCUUGAGCUCGCUGAUCAAGGUGUCGCCGCUGAAGAGCCUGUUGCGCGAGGACCUGAAGCGCAAGUUGAGCAGCCGGUCGUCAGCGCGGGGUCGCUCGACCGCCUCGCCGAACCCGAAUCCGGAGAGUUCUCCGGGCGAUGGCAACACGACGAACGGCACGAUAACGUCGACCGGUCCGGAGCAGCCUUCGGAAUCGAGUCUCUGGCGAGCGUUGGGUAAACGGUCGUUAAGCGGAUUACAGUGUAUCUUUUGCGGGAUCGGAUUCCCGGAUCAGACGCUCUAUUUCUUGCACAAGGGUUGCCAUUCGGACGCCAAUCCGUGGAAGUGCAACAUCUGCGGGGAGCAGUGCUGCAACGUGUACGAGUUCAACUCGCAUUUGCUCAGCAAGAGCCAUCAAUAACGUGGUUUCUUAGUAACAGCUGGCGUAAAAUGUGUGCUGCCACUUUUUUAACAUUCACUACAGACAGUAUUACUUAAAAAGAUAUGGCCUAUAAUAACAACAGCAACAACAAUAAGGAUGUUCAUUAUGCAACUGUUACUGGGAAACCACACUUUCUAUUGGAAUUAUUUCGUACUAUAAGCAUUUACUAGCACCUUAGAUUAAAAUCGCAGUGGAACAAUGUGAUAAGUUAUGAUAAAAAUUUAUUCCAUUUUUUAUAUUAUAUUUUGCAAUUCAAAAUACAAUGAACCAGUGUUUGAACUGGAGAUUAGAUAUUUAUACAUUAAAUUUACUCAUGUUAAUUUUUGUUGUAUGGGAUUUUUAGAAUCAAAAACAUUAGACAUUGUUAUUUAUUUAAAAAUUUAUCAUAUUUAAAAAUUGUUAUAUUCCAGACGUGUCUUAAAAUUUUCUUAUAUGUACCAAUAUUGAAAUUCUAACACAAGAAAGUGCCUGUUGAAUUAUUAUUAAAUAUUGUAAAUAUAAAUAUAGAGGCUCAAUACUUUCAAAAAGAGUUACAAAUAUUAAAUGCUAGUUUAUCUGCAAUAUUUCUAAUAUAUAAUGUUCUUACAUAAAGUCAUUUCAAAGGUACCAUAUGUAACUUGUGUUCAUGACAUGGGUAUAACAAAGUGCCUACAUGAAAAAAAUUACCUGAAAAUUGCUCGUAAACAUUCCGUCCAAAUGUUUAAAAUGAAAUCGUUUAUGUAUACAUUCUUAAAUUAUAUAUUUUAAAAUAUAAAAAUUGUAGAUAUUCCCAGAGUAAUUGUUAGGAAUAGCUAAAAUCCUUUAGUUGAGUAAGUUUUUUUAUUAUGCAUUCCAUUAGGUUUAGAGUUGUUUAUAUAAAAAUUGUUAUAGGGAAAACUGUACAGUAUUUAUUAGACUAAUUGGGUAUAUUUUUUCAAAAUCACGAGACAUGCUGUUUCAGAUGUUUUUGAAAAAGUAUGACUAAUUUAUUGUGCAAUCAUAAUAUACUUUGAAAAAAUUGGAACUUUCACAUUUUCUGCAGUUUUAUCUUCACAUGUUCAUAAGACUGAAAUAUUCCUGUUUAUUCCUUUUAUCUACUUUUAAGUUCAGACACAUUCCUCAUUUAUGAAGUUCUGAUUUUUUCUUGGAUUAGCCGAAUUAGAAUUUUUUUAAAUUUAAUACAUUCUUUUCGUAACAUUCCAUCAAAAAUUUCCGAUGUGAUCGUAUUUAAAGUAUACCUACGUAUAUUCAUAUUUAUUUAUACAUAGUAUGCAAAAGUUUGUAAUUUUAUUUCUGGUGACUGGGAAAAUAAAAUUUUGAAAUAAAUGCUUCUAUAAUUU